AUGCUUCACUUUUCUCCAGGUUCAUUUUAUCAUAUUCAAACAAAUGAUUUUUAUGUGGAACAAGGCUUAGUUCCUAGGAAAAAGGUGUUUCUUCGCAUAUUUUGGACGUUUAGACAGUGUUGUGAGGCGUUCGAGUUUGCCAAACCAGUCAUACAGAUUGAUGGCACGCAUUUAUAUGGGAAGUACAAAGGCAAAUUAUUGGUGGCCACAUCCCAAGAUGGAAAUGAUGAAUGUUUACCUAAUGCUUUUGCCAUCGUUGAAGGUGAAACCUUGGAAGCCUGGGACUAUUUCCUUGUUAAUAUACGUGCUCAUGUUACUGAGAUGUCAAACAUAUGCCUCAUCUCCGAUCGUCAUCGUAGCAUAAUAUCUGCUGUGGAGAAUAACCGCUAUACUCCGGCAGACUUUGAAAGAGGUCUUGCCAGAUUCCGGGAAACUAGUCCUCAGAUUGUUGAGUGGAUUGAUGUCAUCCCUAAAGAAAAGUGGUCGCGUGCAUACGAUGUUGAAGGACGUAGGUACGAGCAUAUGACAACAAACUUGGCGGAAUCUGUUAACAGUGAGUUGAAAGGGGCUAGAAAUAUGCCCAUAACUGCUUUGGUUAAGCACACAUACAGCAGAUUGAAGAAUGAAGUACUAGCAACAAGCCACCAUGUCCGUGCAUAUAACGUGGAACAUACAGUUUUUGAGGUUGACGCAGGUUGGGAUCGUUCGUAUUCUGUCAAUCUCCCACAGAGGUUCAGUCAAUGUGGGAAUUUUAAGGCUUUUAAAUACCCGUGUAGUCACGCCGCUGCUGCUGCUUUAAGUCCAAUUGGUAAUGAGGAAGCAAUACCACCAAGUACAGGUCCACAACUUAUUCCUGACUCCACUAUGUUGCGUGCAAAAGGCCGUCCAAAGUCCACUCGCAUCCGUAAUGAGAUGGAUGAAGUUGAGACAAGUCAAAGCUGUAUCAGGUGUGGAAUUUGCAAGGAACGCGACCAUAAUCGCAGAGCAUAUCCAAAUCGUGGAGCAAACAAUUGA